GUUGGACCCGAAGCUGGAAUAAAACGUAACAUGAGACCAAACUCCUGGGCUGCUCUAUCCAGGGCCCCCUGUGACAGCCCAACCUCCCUUCCAGGCAUUCGGGUCCCCCCACACCCGAGGGUCUGGGUGGCAGCGAGAAGAGUGUUGGCCCCAGCGUACUUACUAGAGGUUGUGAGACUGGAGGAGUUUGCAGUGAUCCAGCAGGUCUGUCAGGUGGGCCACAAACCACCAGUUGCUGAGGGCAAUGCUACAAGUUCAAACACCAAGGUAAGGGGCAAAGUCAGGAUGAGAGGCCACGGCCCACACGAGUGGAGCAUAAGCAGGAAUCCCGCAUGGCCUCUUAUGGUUUUAGGACGGGAGGGACAGCAACAAGCUGGAAUCUGCCUGCAAGCUCAGAGAGGUCGCUGCAUUCUAGGUGGGGACUAACAGUGGACACGGAGAAAGACAGUCAACCCUCAAAGCGAGAACCGAUGAUACCUGUCAGUGAAGAAUAUCACACAGAAAAUGAAAUAAAAUCCAGGGAUCCAAUUAGAUAUAGAGGACGAAGAUGCAGAAUAAUGUACAAGAAAAAGACCGAAAGACUAGUGGCUUUUGAGUCUCGAUGAAACAUGGAACUCAAAGGAAUAGCUCUGUUUGCACUGCAUUUGCUAUUAACAUUUCUCAUCAUUGCAGUUUUCCUUAGCAUGCUUUAUGAAUACAACUACAGACAUGUCACUUAAUCAAAACCUAGAGUCAUGGGUGGCCCUUGUUAAAAAUGACAUUUUCUAGGGCCCGCUAAGGGUCUGAUGAAGUUUUUCCAUCACUAUUUGUAAACUCUCUGGCAUCAUUUUGUGAGAAGCUUACCAAUGCAUUUACUGUCGUCAAGUGUGCAUACAUCAUUUUGAGUUAUAUUUUUCAUUUGUUACUUGGCACUGGCCUUUCUGUAUCUGUAUAUAAAUGUUUGACCAUCUUUCCCAUCUUGGGAGAGGGAAAGGAAGCUUUCAAUGUUUAAAACUCUUGCCUUGAUCUUAAA